CCUAAAACUUAACUUCGAGAAACAAGUUUUAGCCCACUAGUUAAAGGAAUUGCAAGAAUCAAAAGGUCGUCUCCAAAUGGAUUGCGCCACGACCAAUGGCGUCCUCAUUGGGGUGGCCAUUUAUGCGUCCGUACUCACCGCAGCGGUGAUUUUUGCUGUGGGCUAUUUGUGGUAUCGAAGGAAAAAGAUUCGAGAUAGUGUGGAGGAAAGAUCAAGAAGAGAGCACUGGGAAAGACAACCGGGACGUGGACCCAAUGCAUUGGAGGACAAAAGGGCUAGUGUGUCUUCAUCCGCUUCGUUCCCGAGCGAAGUGAGUUUGAAGAGUUACAGCAAACUGACUGCACAAAUUGUGGCUCCAUUGGAUACCAAAGUCAAAGUGGAUUUGGUGGAAGACCGUUCUGGUGGAGGGCACAGAAGGCAGCCUAGCGCAAACAGUUUCUUAUCAGCCCGAUCAGACAGCUUUGAUUUAAAUAGCGCAUUGCAAUAUGAAGAGGUAGGAUUAAAGCGAGUUAUUGAUAUUAUCGGUAAUAAAAUCAUCGGCCCCAGGGAUUACUAUUUUCAGAGAUAUGCGUCGCCUAUCAGCUCCUCCACAUCCUCGGACACCAUCUACAACGACGUAAAUGAAGAUAUCAUCGUGCAAAAGAGGGAACCAGUUCCUCGGCCGGAUAGCCUUUUAUCAGUCAAAUCCCAAGAAUUUCAUGACUCCAUAGAGUAUGAUUCAGAGACGAUUAGAAGGCAAACAGAUAACAAUUCAACUUCGUUGUCAAGCUCUGGUAGUUCUUCGGAAUCAAGUGUCAGUCCUCCCCAAGAACGCAAACCUAAAGCACAAGCUCCCAUCCCUCCUCCGAGGUCAAUUUUGAAAAAGGGACCCGACACAUCUGGGGAACCUUCAACCAUGUCGGAUCACUCCGUCUUGCCACAACAAAGCACCUCGUCUAGUUCGUCAUCUUCCGAUGAAGAGCCUCUGCGUACUGACAAGAGAGCUAAAGCAAAAAUUUCAUUCCAAGAGGCUCAGAACAUUUACAUUCCACCCAAAACUGAAAGCAGCCCGAGCUCUUCCAAUUCUUCGACCAGUUCAGAAGGUGAACAUGAUCAUGGUGGUGUUUACUCAUUUGGAGAUGAUCCGGGAGAAAGUGUGGAUGACGUCACCCCAGAAGACCCAAUUCCAUCCACUUCUUGGAAGAGCCCAGCCUCCACGGAACUGAUGAAUCCCUUGGCUCAUUUAAAUGAUCCAGGAUCAUUGAAUGACCUUAAAGAUGAAAUGGAUGGAUCGGUACUCGGGCGAAUCCAAAGAGUUUUCAGGCAAGAUUCAAGCUCAAGUGAACUGUCUUCAACCUCCUCAUACUCAAGUAGCAGCUCUUCAUCUUCAUCAGUUGUCCUGAAAUCAAGAGAACACGUUAGUGCAGUAACCAUCCAUCCCCAGAGGCACGAAAACAUUGACAAUGAAGUCCAAACACUCGAAAAUAUUAAGGAAAGGAUGGAACAGAGCCUCAAAAGGCAAUCAAGUACCUCAAGUAGCGGCAGCAAGAGUAGUGCAAGUAGCACGAGAGGAUUCGGCUCAUUUAGUAGUCAAACGACAGUUUUCGAAGAACACUUUGAAAAGGACCAUCAGAUUCCAAAAUUGAUGAAACCAGUCAAUCGCCAAAGCGAAAUAAUGUAUUCGAGUAGCGAAAGUGAAUCAUCAACAAGCAGAAGCAAAAAAUCGUCAAUGAUUGACCGAAUCAAAAAGAAUGUCGGGUGGAAUCAAAACAACUCGCAACAGGGCAUUGCAUCUUCGUCUUCCAGUGACGAUUCUCGCCUCAAAAAGAGGCACAUAUUUGGUGAACUAACCAGGAGAGGAAGUUCCUCAUCUUCUGCAUCUGAUUGCAAGUCGCCAAACUUGUCUACAAUAAGAUUGGGCGUUCCAUCAAUUCCUCUCUGUGUUCCAGAGAUGUCUACAGAUAGUUCCACUGACGAAGAUCAGGCCAAUUAUAACAUUCCAUCUUCUCCUUCGUAUCAAGGAAAAGGCAAGCUAGAAGCGAGAGACAUACCCCUUGAAAAAUCCCCUGCAAAGACAAGACAGCUCGUCAUCCUCAUCCAGCUCUGAUGAAGAUUCCAAGAACAAGGCUCCAAGCAAACCUGGGUUCAAGUUGCCAACCAUUGCAAAUCCAUUCAAAAAGGACAAGAAAGACUCAAGCUCAUCCAGCUCCAGCAGCAGUGAUGAGGAUGAGAAGGUCAAGAUUGAGACCCCCAAACCUCCCGUUGUGGAACUCCACAAACCCAUUGAGUCUCAGUCCAGUGCAAAGACAAGACAGCCUCGUCAUCCUCAUCCAGCUCUGAUGAAGAUUCCCAAGAACAAGGCUCCAAGCAAGCCAGGGUUCAAGUUGCCAACCAUUGAAAAUCCAUUCAAAAAGGACAAGAAAGACUCAAGCUCCUCCAGCUCCACAGCAGUGAUGAGGAUGAGAAGGUCAAGAUUGACACCCCCAAACCUCCCGUUUGUGGAACUCCACAAACCCAUGUGUCCAGUCCAGUGCAAAGACAAGACAGCUCGUCAUCCUCAUCCAGCUCUGAUGAAGAUUCCAAGAACAAGAGCUCCAAGCAAGCCAGGGUUCAAGUUGCCAACCAUUGAAAAUCCAUUCAAAAAGGACAAGAAAGACUCAAGCUCCUCCAGCUCCAGCAGCAGUGAUGAGGAUGAGAAGGUCAAGAUUGAGACCCCCAAACCUCCCGUUGUUGAACUCCACAAA